UGCCCGCGACCGUCCUCUAGCUUUCCUCACGACUCUGGGGAUGGAGGGCACGCUCCCAGAGAAGAGCCGGGCUUGAUGGAGACUCCAGACUCCUGGCGAAAAGCGGCAAACAGUGCGGAAAGUUCAAAUGCAAAAGGUGCCCCCCCUUUCCCCAACACCACCAACCGGCCCUGGAGAGGCAGGGAAGGCGGGAGAGAGAGAGGGAGGCGAGUCCCCAGCCCUCGAAGGUCAUGGCAACUGGGAUCCCUAGGAAAACACGGGGCCCCCGGGCGCGCACCCCCGGAGCCCCUAGCCCACCGCCAACUCGCUGCGGGGCCCAUCUUCCUUGCCAGGCGGGGUCACCCGGGGAGUCCCGCCGAGGAGGCUGCUCCUGGGUGGGCCUCCACUGACCGUGCGCUCUCGACACCGGCGGGGUCAGGGGGCUUUGCCCCGGGGCAGAGCGUGGAGCACCUGCAGGGCCCGGCCCUGGGUGGCCGCAGAGGUGGCCCGAGGCGACCCCCGCGAGCCGCCUCCAGUGGUUCUCCGC